AUGGCAUCCUCGGUGGGCUCCGACGCGUUCGCCUGCCUGGUUCUUUUGACCAUCUCAGUUGGCGUCCUGUUUGUCUUACGGCACUACCUUCCACUACGAACAACGCCGGCUUUCCUCCUUGUGCCUAUCUUCCUGGCAUUGGUCCUUCCCACGAGCGCCCUCGUACUAGUCCCCAUCGACCUCGCUUCGAGUGCGCGAGAGAGCGAUCAUGGUGGCAAAGGGAUAUGGCUGCCGAAAAGAGCUGUCUUGGUCUCAUGGAGAAUUGUCUACUGGUUGACCUUUGUCUUGACGUGGGUGGUAUUGCCCCUACUGGGAGAAUACAUGGAUGCCGGAUAUCGCGACCCCAAGGCUCGCAUGAUCUACUCCCUCCGAUCGAACGGCCGGUAUCAGCUCAUCGUCCUGGCGUGCGCCAUCGCCGGCUUGGUCUACAUGAUCUUCUCGUAUGGCUUCGAUUUCACCGCAAUCAGAGCUUUGGUCAUGGCGCUGGCCUACGUAUGGGGUUUAGCUCUUGCCAUCUACUUAAUGGGUCACGGACUCGUCGUGAUUCCGAGGAGGAUGUUUCGCAAAGCAGACAUUAGUGGUAGCCUGCGUCGGGUCCAGACUCAGGCGCCAAGAAUCCAUGAGAAGCUCGAGGAUGCCAUCGUUGCGCUCGAUGAGCUGGAGGCUCAGGUGAUGCAGCUGAAACAGAGGAAAACAGGGAGCGCCAGAGAGUUCCAAGAAUGGAUUGACGAAUUGGGUGAUGUGGCUGGCCAGCCCGAGACCCGCGUCUUUUCGAAUGUGACAACCACAGACGCUUCGAGUAAAGUCCCUGCUGUCAUUACGGAGAGGUACAUGGCCGAUUUGAGCCGGCGACUCAUUCGAGCUAAGCACCGACGAGCACGAUACAUCCGCGAAUGGGACCACAUCGUCCAAAGCGCAUCAGACCUCCAGGCCAUCCUCGACUCCAAAGCCUCCAAGAGACUCGAUUUCGGGGGAUCCGCCCCCUCCAGUUACAGCAUAACCGCUAUGACCCCGACCAUGCGCUAUUACCUCCACGUUCACAUUAUCCCUGCUUUGAGAAUCGCCCUGGGCGGCGUCUUCUCCUUCGCCUCCGUCGCAAUCCUAUGGUCCGAGAUCAUUAAAUUCCCCGCUCCACACCUUUCGGCCGUCAGCCUCACAGUAAUCCACCGUCCUUCUGACAAGAACUAUCAGAUCGGCUUCGGUGGCCAACUCCUCGCCUCACUAUGGAUAACAUACAUGUGCGUCUGCGCCCUCUCCGCGAUGAAUGACGUUCCCACCUGGAACCAGCGCGCCUUGGUAAAACGCAACACCUAUGCCGAGUCCGCAUGCUGGUACGCUGGACAAAUUGCAAAACUCAGCGUCCCACUCGCUUACAACUUCCUGACCUUUCUUCCCAAGGAUAUUCAUCAGAAUUCAACCUUCUACAAUUUUCUGGGCAGGUUGAUCAAUCUAACACCCCUGGGCACGUGGUUCGAUUACCUGUUUCCUAUCUUCAUACUCAUCCCCGUGACUAUGACGUUGUUCAAUCUAUACGGCAAGAUCAAGAAUGUCCUGGGCUUCGGAUUCAUCGAGAUCGAAGAGGAUGAAGAGGACAAUCCCUCGGCUUUCGGAACAGGAGGAUGGCGAGAAGGGAGGGAUCUGAUUGCGAGAGAUUUGCAAGGACAUCGGGCCGCCGGUGCGAGUAGCCUGGGCAUCACGGAUUCUCCAAGGACAUCGUUAGACACCUCUUCACGACCAAGAGCCGCGCCUAAUAAUAGGUUGGUCCCGCCUUCCACGCGGGCUCAAGGAGCGAAUUCAGCGACAACGGGCAGAGGAGGUUUUCGAGGGAGACCGGCCCUUGAUCCCGAGCCUGAAGAAGAAAAUUUCUUCACCUUGUUCGGCCGGAGGGUGAAGAACACGCUCGACACCAUCGACACGCCAAAGUGGAUGCAAGGCGGUGGUGGUGGCCAAGGAGCAGGAGCAGCAGGCUUCACGAAACCGAAGUGGCUGGGCGGGUCUGGCGAUCAGUCGUCGACAGCAGGACAGAGCGGCAGCGGUGGUGGAAGUGGAAGCGGAGGUGCCUCGAGUAGCAACAACAACAACAACAACAACAUCCUAGGACUUUUCGGCGGAAGGUCCAGCGAUGGGAGGAUCACGAUCUGA